CCCCCCCCCCCAAUAUCGUGAGUAUUCCUUUUCUUGGUUUGUACUGAAUGUGUGUACUAGGAAAGUAGGAGAGAUAACUGAAAGCACUUGGGCAAUUUGUUGCUGCAGAAAAGCUGCUGCAUCUUGAAAAGAAAAAAACAAAUUUGGUUAUAUGCUUGAUGUAGUUCCUUUUGAGCUGUUGUAUGUAGCUUGCACGUCUGAUGGUGUAUAUGGAAGUAAAUUUGUAUUGGGUGCUUGCAUUCGGGGUUCUUUUUUGUUAGCGGGACUGUAUUUGAUCUAUUGGUUGGACAGGUUCUGUCCUUCCAACUUUGGGUUUCUAGAGAAAACAGAGUCUGUGUUGAGCGAUGAUACUGAUAGUCUGAUAGAUAUGGCCAUGUCAUAAGUUGUUGAUAUUGUUUUGACUUAUACAAUCGAUCUCCUAGCCGCAUAUAGAACAAUAGUCCAAAUUCCUUAACAGAGGAAAGGAUCAAGUACAUCGUCGAGACAUAAUGUUAUCUAAUUAUUUCUCCUAACGCUUGAACCAUGAAGCAUAUACAGGGAGAUUACUAUAUGAAUUUCGGUGUGUUGAUAAUAUAAUAUCGUCUAUUGUAGGAAACUGAAGACUUGUAAUUUCCUACUGCAAGAUUUUAUUUUUGUAUGCUAAUUUAGUUACAAAGUUUGACCUUUCAUCUUUUUAUAUGUUGUAUGAUUCAUGUUGUUUUCUUUUCCUACGAAAGCAUGUUUUCACUGUGUUACAAUGCUUAUAUAUGCAUGUGCUGGUAAAUUUAUGUUUUCCAUGUCAAUAAUAUCCAUUUCAUGUUUUGCAUAUUUGCGUGUAACCCAUUAGAGAUAUCAAAAUAGCCAUGAUAUUUCUAAUUUAUGAUAUAUUGUUGAGAAUCAUUUCAGGUGCUUGACUUUUUUAUUGUUAGAAUUGUAGUCUUCAAUUGUCAUAAUAAUAAAUAGAGAAAAGUAUGUUUUUGUCCCUCUACUUGUCGAAAAGCAUGCAAAUGGUCCCUCAACUUCUUUUAGUACGAAAAAAAGUUGAGGGCCCAUUUGCGUACUUUUCAACAAGUUGAGGGCCGAAAAUAUACUUUUCUCUAAUAAAUAUAUGGAUGUCAUAACUUUGUUUACAUAAUAGUAUUAUACUAUUGACGUUGCCUGUGAAUUACGGAGAUCACUGUGCUUCAGGCCUUUCGUCUUGGCCCUUUAUAGUAAGAGUCAGGUGGGUCUUUUCUUCUCAGCCUCUCUACAGUUCUUGCAGUCCUUUUUCUCCCUCAAGAAGGAAACACUAACCAUCUAGGUCCAUUUCCACUCAAUCGCAGUCCCUUUUCUCUCUAAGAAGGAAACAGUCAGCUUCCAGAUCCAUUUCCACCGGCCGCACCUCAGCCACCCUCUACCUCCUCCUGUGAUACUCGGCUCCGGAAACUCCUAGCCCUCGCUUGAUCCAUGUUUUGCAUAUUUCCGUGUUACCCAUUAGACAUAUCAAAAGAGCCGCAAUAUGCCUAAUUCAUAAUAGAUUGUUGAGAAUCAUUUCAUGUGCUCAACAUUUAUUGUUAGAAUUGUAGUCUUCAAUUGUCAUAAUAAUAAAUAUAUGGAUAUUGUAACUUUGUUUAUAUAAUAGUAUUAUACUAUUGACGUUGCCCGUGAAUUGCGCGGACCACUGUCCUUCAGGCCUUUUGUCUUGGGCCUUUAUGUUAAGAGUCAGUUGGGCCUUUUCUUCUCAGCCUCUCUACAACACUUGCAGUCCCUUCUCUCUCUCAAGAAGAAACCCUAGCCAUCUAGAUCCAUUUCCACUCAACCGCAGUCCCUUUUCUCUCUAAAAAGGAAACACUCAGCAUCCAGAUCCAUUUCCACCGGUCGCACCGUCGCCACCCUCCCCCUCCUCCCCAUCUGAUGCUCGGCUCCGCCGACUCCUAGCCGUCGCAUCCUCUCUUGAUCCUACCAACACCGAACAUUCUUGCAUUGAAGCAAACCCUAGCCUCCUUCUCGCCCCCUUGAAGGUGGAGAUGGAGGCAGGCUGUUCUAGUUCAAAGAGGACGAGAUUGGUGUCGCCGGGAGAGCAUGAAGAUGGAGAAGGGAUCGAUCGCAUCAGCGAUCUCCCUGACGCCGUCCUUGGUGAGAUCAUCUCCCUCCUGCCAACGAAGGAAGGUUCCCGCACCCAGAUCCUCGCAUCUCGAUGGCGUCACCUAUGGCACUCGGCCCCUCUUAAUCUCAACUACCAUGGACUCCCCUUCGAUGGAGAUGAACUCGCUGGUAUCAUAUCAGACAUCCUUUCCUCUCACUUGGGCCCUGGUCGCUACUUUUGCAUCCCCUCGUACUACCUCAGUGAUAGAGCAGCUACUUUAGAUGUCUGGCUCCGUUCCCCUGCUCUGGAUAACCUACAAGAGCUCGAUUUAUCAUUCACCAUGAACAAAUGGCACCUAGCCGACUUCCUGUUAUUGGUUCACAGAACCCCUCUAAUGCAACAACAGUUGGAGCCGCUGCCAGCAUCCGUCUUCCGCUUCUCUAAUACCCUCCGUGUUGCAACCAUCGAAAGAUGGAACAUCCCUGACGGCACCGUUGAAGGGCUUCACUUCCCAAAGCUAGAGAAACUCACACUUAAAAUGGUCGGCAUCUCGGAGUCUUCGUUGCACCACAUGAUUGCUGGUUGCCCCGCUCUUGAGUGCUUGCUCAUUAUCUACAGCUUUGGCUUUCGUUGCGUCCGGAUCAACUCCCAUAGCCUUAGAAGUAUCGGUGUGCAUGCUCGUUGUCCUUGGACAACUUGUCUCCUCCAAUUUGGGGAACUUAUCAUCGAGAAUGCCCCUUGUCUCGAAAGGUUGCUCCAUCUUGAUCAAUGGAGUGAUCUGCAGGUUUCAGUAAUCUGCGCACCUAAGCUGAAGACUAUUCGUUACCUUUUGGGUCAGGCUUACUCCACCAAAAUCUUGUUCAGCUCCACCUUUAUUCAGGGAUUGCACGUUGAUGGCCUAGCAACGGUGGUGCGUACUGUCCAGAUUUUAGCUGUCGAUAUGACUGUUCUUAGUCUAGAUACAGUUAUUUACUUCAUGAGAUGUUUUCCGUGCUUGGAGAAAUUGUACAUUCAGUCAUCUGGACCAGGGGCAAGCAAUUUGUGGCGUCGUAAGCACCGGGAUCUGAUCACAAGUCUUGACAUCCGUUUGAAGACAAUAGUGUUUGAACGGUAUCGAGGCACCAGGUCGGAAGUUAGCUUUCUUACAUUCUUUGUAUUUAACGCGCGGGUGCUCGAGUUGAUGACGCUUCAGAUUGGAGUGGGAAACCACAAUGAGAAGUUCUUGGCAGAGCAGUAUAGGAAACUUCAGCUAGAGAACAGGGCUUCAAGAGGUGCUCAGUUUCAAUUUAGAACUGAUAGAUGCAUUCGUAAUAGCAGAGAUAUCAAGGAUGCCUGUGAUUUGGAUUUAACUGAUCCAUUCGUAUGUUGACGUUCAAACUGGGCUUGGUCCGUUUUGGAGCUAUUCUUGACUAUCAGCCAAUUUCAUAUUGUGCCUUCUGUAAACUUGAUUAGUUUCCACUGGGAAUGGUUGAGCUUAGCAGCAGGAGUGUUUGUGUCCCAAGAGGGAACUGUUUGAGUAUUGUUCCACCGCCGCAGCAUUUACCAUUAUUUGUAAACCUGUUGUAUUCUUGAACUAUUCCAUAUAGUUUUCUGGUUGAUGAACAAGCAUGCCUUACUUCAAUCUACUUACCACUAUUUGGCAU